AUGUUGAACCGUCAUCUUUCCCUUGCUCUAGUGAGCCUAGCCCUGCGGAUCUCUCCCGCUUCGGCAGAGGAUCAGACAGCCCAAGUCUGGGCAGUCUUCGCCUACACUCUCCUGGGAGACAGCAUUCCAAAGGUGAUCUCCCGUGCGAAUUCCUUGACCCCGUACGGCGCAAACCAAUUGCAUGCUGCUGGGUCCGCCUUCCGAGACCGAUAUGUUGCCUUGCAUGCCGACAGCAGCAUGCCCAGUACUCGAAUUGAGAGUCUGUCUCCCUAUCUACUAGAGAACGACGACCUUCAGAUAGCUUCCACAUCAGACGCAGCCAUUAUCGCUUCGGCUCAGGCAUUUAUGCAAGGUCUCUAUCCGCCGCUGGAUCAAUCGUUCAAUGAUACUGUCCUUAAUCUCAACUUUAAAUUGGCGAAUGGCUCGACGGCUUCGUCUCCGCUGGGUGGUUAUCAGUACCCUCAGAUCAUGACCUUUGGUCUCGAAGACCCCCAAUCUAUCGCUAUAGCUGGUCAAGCGCUCUGCCCCGCGCAUGCUUUCUCAAUCGUUGAAUACAUCGGUAGCAAGGAAUUCUGGCAGACCUAUGAGGAGUCAGCAGCGUUCUAUAACCGCCUCUAUACUCUAGCUUUGUCCGGAGAAUUUGACGUUGCCUCUGCCAAUUACGGCAACGCGACCAUUAUCUCCCAUUACCUCGAUUACCAAGCGAUUCAUAAUGAGUCCUUACUACAGAACCUAAGUCCAGACGACGUGAAGCUCGCGCGGUGGUAUGCAGGCAAGUAUGUUUUCGCAACCAACGGAAACGCAUCCGCUUCCGACAACGGCAUGAGCAGCGAUGUCAGCACGAUUGCAGGCCAGGGCUUGAUAUCCAGUAUUCUGGACUCAUUCCAGAUAAACGUACAAACUCAGGGUGUAAAUGGCAAAAUGACCCUUUUAUUCGGAAGCUAUGAGCCCGCAGUUGCCCUCACAUCUCUCCUGAAACUUGCGAAUAAGCAAAAUCCUAACUUUUAUUCUCUCCCCAAUGAGGGUGCAUCGAUUAUUUUGGAGCUAUUCAGCCUGGAGAGUGAAACUUACCCAACAUACCCCGACCCCUCCCAGCUUUACGUUCGAUUUCUCCUCCGCAAUGGGACUGGUGCUGGUUUUCGGACAUAUUCGCCCUUUGGGUAUAGUCCCAGCAAGACUGCAAUCCCCUACGCUGAAUUCCAAGCUGAGAUGCAAAACCUCUCGCUCACAUCCGCUCAAGCCUGGUGCCUCAAAUGCAAUUCAUCCGCCAUGUUUUGCUCUGGUGUCCUCGAUACAGAUCAGAACAAGGGAUACAAGGGAAGCAGUGGGAUCAGCCCUGCGGUUGGGGGCGUCAUUGGCGCAGUGGUUACCAUCGUCGUGCUCUCCCUCAUCGGAAUCAUCGGCUUCUUGGUCUACAGUUGGCGCACAAACGCGCUGCGUAGGUCUAGUCUUGGGGGAUUCAAAGGAGAUCGGAAGAUGGCAAGCGACGAAGACGUGAGUUUCAAGAACCCGAGGUGGGGGGACGAUGUCAAACAAGCAGAUACUUCAGAUCCUCCUAACGCUGGGUUUGGGAUCAACGCAAGAGGGCAUGAACGACAUGGAAGCUGGGAAAUGACCGGUCAGAAAGGAAGUCAGAAUAAUACACAACCCGAAGAGCAGGAUAUUGGAUCACCUUUUGCAGAUGAAAUCGAAGAGGAAUGGCGACUCCAUAGCACAAUGCAGCCAGUUGCAGCCAGAGAACAUCCCUCCUCCAAUCCACGGCAUCCUCCUCCGUUGACUGUCAAUACUCAAUUUGACCCUGGCUUUGUUAGAUUCGUCAAAAACCAUACAUCCCCCAAACAUCAGCGCGUCACUGCCGGUGGUCGGAUUGUACCAAUGGAUCCAUCCGACUCUCCUCCCAAAUGGACUUUGCCUCUCAGUCAGGAUAGCGGAAAUACCUCCAAGGGUACCGCAGCAAACCCGGUAUCGAAGCCCGAAUAUCAAUACCUUGCCCAAAGUCCAACGCUACGGCAAGAAAUUAACAACGACUCCAGAAACAGGCCCAGAAUAGCGUCGCUACCGGCUGAAAUGUUCCCAAAUCCUGGGAGUAUGUCAGUUUUUGACGGUGGCUUUGAUCAACCUUUUUCAGUAGCUGCAGGUGAAUCCAACCUUUACCCAAUCUUAAACAGCUCUACGAGCUUCCUAAACGCCAGCGCUCCAUCAUGGGUUAGUAGCCAGACACAUCCCCAAACUGACCAGCAAUCUAUGGAUCAUCAAUUCCCAGUACUUGCUGACUACAUGGCGUACGGGCUUGGUGAUACGCAAGUUGCAAAUUCCUUUCAAGGAGUACCCACGCAAGCUCCUACCGUACCACCAAUGCCACCUGUAUUUCAGCCCCAACCAAACCCCACAACGUUACCGGGCCUCCCGAACUGCAAUAGUGUAAGUGGGACUCCUCAGGUAUUUGGGCCGUACCCACCAAACAUUGGACCCCAGUGGCCGCAGGCUGCCGGCGCUCAAAUGCCUUCAUUCAAUCAACAGUUCCUCCCUCCUCAUUUCCAGGACGCAAUCUAUCAGAAGUCAUCGGAUGAUGCCCAAAGACAGCAUGAACUGCUUUCUGCACAACUGUCGCACAUUGACAGAUUCACUGCGUUACAUAGUUGGAACAUAGAUCCAGAAAGAAAGAAGGCGCUUGUUGAGGUGCGAAAGAGCUUGGUACGCGAACUAGACACGGUGAGACUAUACAAAGAACACUUGCAGAUGCUCUUCGGGAAAUCCCAGAUGAACGCAGCUGAAAUGCAGAAAGGGUCCACCUCUCUUCCAGUCCCACCUGCAAUCUGCGUAACUAACAGCUCCAUUAAUGGCCAAUUUCUCCAGGGACCCAGUUUUGCAUGUCCAGGGUCAACCCCUGAGGGUCUAGCAUAUUCGAUGCCUGCAACCACUGUUCAACAACCUUUCCCUAUAAGUGAACCAGGUUUUACAAAUGUUCCCUGGCAGACUGCGGACAACCCAAGUUCUCCCUGGGCUGGAAACCUGCCACCAGUUCCAUACAAUACAUUCCAGGAGCCGAGCCUUCCAAUAGGCCAGAAGACAAUUGAUGGGGUGCUGGGAUCCCGUGCAAUUACCCCCUCGAAAGGGCGCAAAACCGAAAACUGCGACAGAGCGGUGGGUAGCAAUCGAACCUCACCUUCCCAGCUCUCCCCAGAUUUUCACAGUCUGUAUCGUAAAAUCGAGGAAAAUGAGAGACAAGGAAAGCCAAUCGAGGGGCUUCUUAAUGCACUUUCAGGAGCUUCCAAAAGCCUUGCAAGGAGGUUAAACGAAGAACGCAAAAUGUCACUUCGAUCACCAUCGAAGCCAUCAGCGAAGGUUAGCGGCGCGACAAUAGAAGUAUGCCAGCAGGCCGAGGAUGAACCCAAGACUACUGUAAAAUAUAUCCAACCAGUUCGACAUUCUAGAAGAGUUUGGCGAUCGGAUGACUACCCCGAGAACUCUCAACGAUAUCGUCAAAAGGGUCUUCUUCGUUCAAGCCUAGAAGACAGUAGCAUGUGUUCGUCAUCUUUUCGAUCGAAGGCAGAUUCCUGGACCACGACUCAUGAGGAAGAGAAAUGGUGGCUCGACCGCGAGUUGAAGAACUGCAGAGAUCCGCAAGAAAAAACCCGGGAAAGCUCGACUAGGAAUCCCUCGCAGUAUCUCACCGUGCCAACCGAAUUGUGCAUGUCUAGCGUGAUUGACGGUAUCCAAAGCAUGACUCUCCCCAGUGCUCCGGUCGAGUCUAGUUCGGCCACCAGCACCUUCCCAGCUGACUCUAUUCGACAAUCGAUAUGGCAAAGCAGCAGCAAAUCCCCCUUUUCUCCGCUUCUAGGGCAAUACUUCAACAAGAACCGGAGCCCGAUUCUCCAGAAAACGGCGGCGCCAGCAGUUUCUCAAAACGUUAACGCGCAUGCGUUCCUCCCUCCCUUUGAUGGCGCCGGAGCGACCAUUGAUGGCUUUGAAAUUGUCUAGCCAGGAUUCCACGUGGCCGAGCAUACCUAGUGCCUGGCAGGAGUAAGCUGGAUGAUGGAUGGUUGAGUUUAUUUGCAUAAUUAUGUUCCCAAUCAUGUAGUUGGAGGGAGGUUUACAAUGGCUGACAGUUGUUUGUGUAGCUGAUAUUGGUUUCAUGGUUACGUUACUUACUUCUCCUCGGAGUGGAAGAAGUUGUUGGUUUGAGGUGACAUGAAUGGAAUCACUCCUGGGCAGGAUUUAUUUAUGUAUUUAUUGAAUUAUUAUUGAAUUAAUUUUAUUGUAUUGUAUUUUAUUUUUCAUUCCUCGGGGUUGGAGUUGAAGAGGCGAUGAGGGUCUCGACCGGCCAUCCAGGGAUAUAAAAAUUCUUGACUGAGAUUGAAUGGAUGCCCCUGUUAAUGAUUUCUAGCCAUUUACUGUUGGUGAUGUAUGAAGUGCUGGUGAUAGGUACGGAUGAUUAAAGAAAUCCAUGUCAAAUAUAAUUAUUUAUUUG